GGACAAGUAUAUAAUUUAACAGAAGACAAGAGCAGAUACAUGCAACGUUAUUAUGAUUCCAGAGAGUCCACAGAGGCGUUGGGUAAAUAUCAUGAGAGAGUGGAUUUGGAAGAUCUACUAGAUCGCCCGGAAAAAUUGUUACAUUUCGGAAGUGUGUUUGGUUCAAGUCGUUUGGUGAUACGAUUACAAAGUAGUAAAGUGUUUUGGAAUAACCUACAGCGUGAGAUGGUGCCUAAUAAUCCAAUAAUUCUGGAGAUGGUGGAUAUGAUUAUAAAUAAAAUCGGAAAAGAAAAUAACUACGUGGGUGUUCAUGCACGAUUAGGGGAUCAUUUCUCGAAACAUUCAGAAAAGACAGUUCAGAAACUCAUCGACAACCUGAAGCGUGAUUUUUCUGGGCAUCGGUCCGGCACUAACCAAGACAAUGAAAUAAAUCUCGACUUCAAUAAAACCUGUUAUCCCAAAUUUGAUUCCAAAUCUUCAAUCAUAAUAUACUUGGCAACCGAUGCUCACCGAAAAGCCGAAUGUCUUCGUCCGUUCAUUGAAAUGUUUCC